GAUUCAUAAAGAUUUUAUAUCUUGACAAAUCCUGGUUCAACGAUCGCUGAGGAAGGAAUACCCGCUAGAUUAUCCUACCAUUCUGGUCCCUAUCUAAAUUGAAUUCGGCUUUCAGGAUGUCACCGCCUGCUGGCGACGUUGUUGAGGCGGCAGAGAAAAAAUGUCAAGUCGUUGAUGAUCAGCUACACGUGAUGAUUAAAAACGAACAGUUCCUGUGUGACUUAAUCCCGAACGAGCUUCGCAGCUGUGGUGAUUUCGUUCCUUCUGUAAAAUCUGUUGACAACACUCUGUCGUUGCAUUUCGGCCAGGCAAUGAAAUUGACCUUGCUUCGAGGUGAUGGUGUGGAACUUCCUUGUGUAGUUCCAAUUUCUGCUUGCGUUUUGGAUUUGCGCCGUGCUGUUCAGAACACGAUUUCAGAGUUCCUGGAACAGAUUAUCUGCAUGUCCCCCUCCGAGCCUCAAUCAUACAAGGACAUCACUGCGCAAUACACGGACGUUCAGAUUUCCGAUCACAUUCUUAGUGAUGUCAAAACAAGUUUACUAUUCCACUCUCCUAGAUUUAUAAGUUGGAAAAGUGUUUGGCGGUCUAAAUCACUUGCUGUGGUCAGCCCUCAUUCGCUUAAACCACCAUUCGCAAUGCCUUCCAUCACAUGUAUACUAGACGAUCCGAAUGGACGCUUGCACGAGAACUACGGUAUUCGCAAUGGGACUGUCAUCACUUUCGUUAAUCGCUUGAAACGUCGUUGACAACUGAAACUGUGGAAGUUGGUGCAUACACGCGCGACCAUGGCCGUUUGACAAUCUCACUAAAUCGGUUACCUCGUGAACUACUCUCACGGUCACCUCAUCGUAUGCAGCUGAAUACUCGGAGGCCAUUUCUUG